AUGUGGCGCAAUAAGAAGCAGGCGGAUCCCCCCGGCACCCCCAGACCAUCGGGGUCCGGAACGGAACACUCCAUCCGCUCAUACCUCACCACACCACAGGAUCUCGGGUCACAGCCAGACACGGAAGCCCCAGACCCGACCGCGGACUCGCCCUCGGCAACUCCCACUCAAUUCUCCCCGACACCAUCAGACCCACCCGAAACCCAGGGGACACUGGAGGUAGAACUCAGGGCCAUACUACCCACCCUUCUGACGAAGGCAGACCUCGAGGCGCUGUCGGACCACCUCAGCUGGGUGAUCCGCAACGAGCUGACCCAAGUGAAGGCGGAUAUCACCAACAUGGACGCCAGGCUGACAGCAACGGAAGCGGACACCCGGGCCCUCCGCACGGAAACUGACGCUGCGGUCUCCACGAUCACAGGCUGUGAAACGAGCCUGGCCCAUAUCACUACAUGGGUCCAUGACCUAGACAACAGGAGCCGCAGAAUGAACAUCAGGGUGCGGGGGGUGAGAGAGAUGGGCCCCAAGGAGAACAUCCCAAAGAUCCUCCGCACAGUUUUCAGCCGCGCCCUGGGGGGACAACAACCCAGAAUAGGCCUCGUACGAGCCCACCACGCACUCCGUGCACCUCCAGCGCUGUGGGAUCAGCCGCGUGACAUCAUCUGCUGCCUGGAUAACUUUACCCUCAAGGAAGACAUUCUCCGCAACGCCCGCUGA